CUGGGUCGCAAUUCCAGUCAUAACUUCCAACAUGGCUGAAGCAGAGACGAGCGAGGUAACUUCCACCAGUGGAAUUUUGCAAGAAAUCUUCACUUCCCCGCUAAACUUGACCCUCCUGAGUUUGUGUCUGUAUUUGGUGUAUAAAAUCGUGCGUGGAGACAAACAGCCGGACUUUGGUGAAGUGGAGAAGCCGCUGCCCAAACUGAAAAAGAGGGACUUUACCUUGGAGGACUUAAAGCCCUACGAUGGACUCCAAAAUGAGCGGAUACUUAUGGCUGUGAAUGGCAAAGUAUUUGACGUGACGAGAGGAAAGAAAUUUUAUGGACCAGAGGGUCCGUACGGCGUGUUCGCGGGCAGAGACGCGUCCCGGGGUCUGGCCACCUUCUGUUUGGGGAAAGAGGCGCUGAAAGAGGAGCACGAUGACCUGUCAGACCUAAACAACUUGCAGCUGGAGAGCCUGUCCGAGUGGGAGCAGCAGUUCACCUUUAAGUACGAUUAUGUGGGGAAGCUCCUGAAGCCUGGAGAGGACCCAACAGAGUACACAGAUGACGAGGAGGCGAAGGACAAGAAAAGCGAAUAAGAGAAAAGGAAAACUUCACACGAUUCACAAUCAGGACAUUUUACAACUUUACCAUCGUGGCCACUCAUGAUUCAGAUCUGAAAAUUCUCUCUCAAACGCUCAGCUCUCAUCUUACACAUAAUCACACUAACUAAAAAUUAAACUGUGACAAAACAAAGGACUGAAGGACGGCUGGAAUGAGUACGACAGACUAAACCAGGACUGAACCAGGACUGAACCAGGACCAAAUCCGGACCAAAUCAGGACCAAAUCAGGACCAAAUCAGGACCAAAUCAGGACCAAAUCAGGACUAAAUCAGGACUAAAAGGGGACUCAACCAGGACUUAUAAACCAGGACUUAUAAACCAGGACUUAUAAACCAGGACUUAUAAACCAGGACUGAUAAACCAGGACUGAUCCAGGACUAAAAGAGGACUAAAAGGAGACUCAACCAGAACUCAAUCAGAACUGAUCUAGGACUAAAAGAGGACUCGACCAGGACUCAUAAAUCAGGACUAAAUCAGGACUGAUCCGGGACUGAUCCGGGACUGAUCCAGGACUGGUCCAGGACUGGUCCAGGACUAAAAGAAGACUAAAACGGGACUAAACCAGGCUCCAGACUCAUAAACUAGGACUCAAUCAGGACUCAUAAACCAGGACUAAACCAGGCUCCAGACUCAUAAACUAGGACUAAACCAGGACUCACCCAGUACUCCAGGAUUCCUUUAUUAACCAAGCACUGAUGGACCAAUCCUCACAUUUACUUUCUCGUACAUCUACUUUAUAAAAAAGCUUUUUAUUCUGAUAUGAAUUGAAAUAAUGUCAACAACACUUCACUUUCAAAUGAAUGAGACCAAGAAGGUGCCAUUUUCUCACUUACUCCAAUGUGCUAAAUAUUUUGUAUAAACCUUUGAGACCAAUAUAUCGAUGUACCGAUAUUUGCCCUGUUUACCGUAUUGGCUGCCGGCCUUAAAUCUUCAGCUCAGUCCGAUAUUUUGUUUUUCCUGACCUGCUGCCUAUAAAUACACACAAAGCUUUAUAAAUACAUAACUACUUAAAAAGUGACUACACUGCUCGCUUGAAGGUUUGUGGUAAAAAAAAAAAAAAAAAGGCUGUGGGGGAGUUUUUCGUGAAUAAAAAUUACAUAAUUUGUAAAAAAUAAUCAAAAUUGGAACUGAAAAAGCAAAAUCUAGCUGUGGGUUGUAUAACAUUUCUGGUGGAAGGUACGUCAAACUUUUCUCCAUGUAGAUGUUUUUGCUUUGUCUAGAAUGUUUCGCAGUGUGGCUUUAAACCUUUCUAUCAUGGAGACCAAACCAGACCAAGUUACAGGUCAGAUCUGUGGAGAGGCGAGCCCGCUCACAGUCAGAAUUCCUGUUUUUGUAGGUAUUUUUUGAGCAAUAAAACCACCCUGUAAUUGUAUAAAUGUAAAGUAGGGCUGUUUAAUGUCAUACUGUGGAACAUUCCAGGCAGAGCAAUGACGUAUCCAUAGAAUGAAGCAGGUGAAAAGUUACACAGGUCACCUUUAAAUUAUCUACCAAUGGAAUAAGUGCAUUUUUCUUACUUCAAGCAACCUUUUGAUUUUUAAAUUUUUUUAUUUUAAGUGCAAAGAGUUGUUGUUGUUCUGAUCUUAAAAGGUGCGCAACUUUUCUGGGUCCGUCACCUGCUUGUCUCCAUGGAGAUGUUAUUGCUUUGCCUAGAAUGUUCCACAGUAUGACUUUAAACACAUCCAUCUAGCAUUUAUUCAUUACGGGUGUUUCUGUUGCUCAAAAAUACAAUAAUCGUUCUGUGAUUAGGGGCGACUCUCCACAGAUCUGACCUGUAAUGUAGCGUAUUGUUGUAACCUGCUUGAAAGAUAGGUUUAAUCUAUACUGUGGAACAUUCUAGACAAAUCUACAACAUUUCCAUGGAGACAUUACGUGGCGGAACCUCCACGAUUUUCAUAUUUGAAGUGCAAAAAGUCUUGUUCCAUUGGUAGAUAAUUUUACUUUAAUUAACUCAAACCAUGAUACAGCGUUCUUGAUUCAAGUCAUCUUAACUUGGGUAGGUUUUCGUUUUUCCAGUUUAUCGUCUUAAAAAUAUCGUCAAAGCUGAUUGGCCGUUGGUUUCUUUGUAUUCUAAAUAAUCGGUAUCGAAAAAAAGAGAAAAAAUAUUAAUUGAUCUCUAGUCUUUGACAUAUGCAUUGAAAACUACAGAACGGUGGUGGGACGUAACUUUUACCUUCUGUUUCAAAAGUUAAAGGUGCACUGUGUAACUUUUUAUCUAUUUCACUGGAGCCGAGUCAGAUCUGUGGAGAGGAAACCCCGCUCUUAUAUUUAAAAAACUUGUUAUUUUUGAUCAAUACUGUGAAAUAUUUCAGACAAAGCAAUAAAAACUCCAUGAAGACAAACAGGUGGUGGACCCACAAAAGAAAAGUUACAUAGUGCAGCUUUACUGGUAUUUUUUUAGUUCACAACAGCGCAUUUGGACACAUUCCUCAGUUCUACUUUAUCUCAGUUCAUAUAUAAUAUAAUAAUAAAUAAUAUUAUAAACACUACAUGCUGCACAUGCCUUAACUGUUGAAUUGUAUUGUUUUAAUCUUUCAGUGUAGCUCUGCAAAGCCUUAAUAUUAUGAAUUAUGUAAUUGUGAACAUGAAAACUGAAUAAAAAAAGGAGUUGUAUGUCAAUAAAAUGACCAAGAAUCCCUUAA